AUGUCAAAACCAUGUAUUAUACUACUCUAUGGUCAAAACUGAAAACUCAAACAAACUCAAACUUCAAGUCUUUUUAUUUAUCAAAGUUGAAAGUUCAAAAAAGGGCAAAAGCUGAAAAGCAAGGACUUUUGCAUAGAUUAAAGAUUUAUGCAUGAUCCAGUGUGGUGAUUCACACUUACCAUAAUCAUAGCAAUAUGGAGUUAGAUAACGUAAGAAACAGUAUAGGAACAGUGCAGACAACAAAAACAUUGUCAACAGCAAAAUUCUGCUUGACAUGUUUAGCAACAGACUGCAAGCUGUAUCCAUUGAAGCAAUACAGUUUAGAAGAGGCGUAUCAACACUUGACUGGCAAAUUGAUGUUACACAAUGUGAACUUUGUGCCACAAUUUUGUGUGGAAUGCACACAAAAACUGAUAAACUGCAGCAAAUUCAGGAACAAGAGCUUAAGAAGUUACAAUCUAUUGUUGGAACUAUAUGAAAAGAAUCAAGUGUUAACCACAGAGGAUAUAAAAACCAUCAACCGAACCACACACCAACUAACAUCAAACAUAGCGAAAACAACAUGUGAACCUGAUCACUAUGACUUGUAUCUAGUGCACAAUGAACAGAAUUUGAAAAAUAUCAAAAUUGAAGUACAAAUUGUAGAAAAUGCACCCAUUACGGAAAGCACAGAUGAAACAUCGAAACUUACAAUCAUUCUGGAACCUAAAAAAGAAACACUGAGUGAUAUCAAUAGUGAUGACGAGUUUCUAAAUGAUGAUUUUGAUCGAUUAGAAACUCAGAAUGAUACAGAUUUUCUACACAGUGAUAAAAAAGAUAGACAAAUAACGAAUGAUGAAAUUAAAAUUGAUGAGUUUACCACUUAUGUAUAUGAUAGAAUUGAAUCAGACGAUACAGAUAACAAUAGGGACUUCAACAGAGUCAGUAAAAGUGAUAAUGGCAAUAGAAAAGUUAAAAAAUACCGAACAACAACAACAAAAAAAUGUAAAGUGGCAACGAAAAAAGAAAAAUUUCCACCUAAGCCAAUUAAAAAACCAACAAAAGUCAAUUUAAGAGAUUUGAAACAUUUUACAGUCACCAUGUUGAGUCAUGAAGAACAAUUGGACGAAAUACAGAAAAGAAAAGAGACCAGUAAUUUUAAAAUCUCUCCGUACAAAUGUAUGACAUGUUUCAAAGGAUUUCACAGUGUUACAACUUAUGGUACACAUAUGGAAAAACAUACGAAUAAAUUCGGCCAAUUUGUAUGUAAAGUAUGUGGGAUUUACUGGAAGACUAAGAGAAGACUAAAGGACCACAUGACCAAAGUCCACAUCAGGCGCUACAGCUGCAAUAUCUGUUCUGUGGUCACUUCCCAAAAAACAUCAGCUCUGGCGCACGAGCGCUGUCACGACGGAGCCAAGAUCAAUUGCCAGCAUUGCAUUGGACAAUUUAGAACACAAUCGGCGUACCUGUCGCACCUGCGCAUACAACACCCGUCGGACGUGGUGUGCACGCUCUGCGGGUUCUGUUUCAUUAACGAGAGAGGUCUGCAGAUGCAUAUCAACAAGAAGCACCGCUUCGACGACUUGCAGAACGCCUCGGGCCCACUGUGCGAGACGUGCAACGUACGUUUCGCGUCUGACACCGCAUACAAACAGCAUCUGAAAGUAUCUCCCAAACACUCAGAAGGAUCCGCACUGCAACGCAACGAUCCAAAAAAGGACAAAUUUACACGGCACUCCAAUAUUCGUAAACAGUAUUACACUAAGACCAAAGACACAGACACUGUGGAGUGUGGACAGGUCAAUUCGAAUGGUUCGUCCUGCGAAGAGAAGUUCGUACCGGAUGAUGCACGUUCGAGACAACUGAAGUUAUCGCGACAAAGCAGCGACAUCGACUCUAAUGGCACACGCAACGACUCGCAAAGUAUGAACACGGAGAAGAAGUCGCUGACCAACAUCCCGGACCCCGAGUUUGCUCCAGUCACUUGUGAACAGUGCGGCCUUCAGUUAAUGGACAUGCGUGACUACGCGCAUCACUUCCGCCUCGAGCACCCCGACAAGAUUCGCACCAAAUUCCCCGUCAUUACGACGCCGCACAUGUGCGAUCAGUGCGGACGGAUAUUCCAGAGCAAGUUCCUAUUGAAACAACAUAUGUUGGUGCACGCGAGCCAGAAGCGCUUCAAGUGCGACCACUGCGACAAGAGCUUCGCUAGGAAGGCCGUAAUAGAGAACCACAUGUGGGUGCACUUCGGUGAAAAACCACACAAAUGCGAGCACUGCGCGAAGAGCUUCGCUCGGAAGCCCAACCUACUGGCCCACCUGAGGGUGCACAGUUCCAAUCGCCCGACCUACGAGUGUCCGCUCUGUGGCAAGCACUUCGCCUUCCUCAACAACAGGCGGCGGCACAUGUUUCUCCACACGGGGCUGAAGCCGUUCAACUGCAACAUGUGCGGCAAAUGUUUCCCGACGUCGGGCGAGCACCGCGCGCACGUCGACCACGUGCACCUCAACAAGCCGCGCCCCAAGCGCGUGCGACAAAGUCGACGACGCGACCCACAAGUGCCCACUGCUACAUGUGAAGAUUGGUAUUGAGAACUAUUUGGAGAUAGAUAAUAAGAAAGAUGUAUGAAUAUACACUUCUAAUAAUGUUAUUAAUAUUAGGAUACAAAGAGAUGAUAUUUGGAUACGUUCGCUGGCCGAGUAUCUGACAUUGACAGUGACAAGAAAGAGGAGACAUGUUUGACUUCUCUUAAAAUUUAUAAGAGAAGUCAAAGAGUUCAAGAUGACAUAUGUAGGGAUGGCUGCGUUCACUUUAAGAACUAGCUAUUGUCGGGUAUAUUUGUCGUGUUUUCGGGAUAUUGGAUUACAUACCGCACUGAAAACAAUUGAAAAAUUUACAAUGUACAGCGCCAUCUAGUUAUAGCAUACUAUGUGCAGUCACUACAACGCCAUCUAGUUUCAGUUAUUGGUACCAAAUCGUGUUCUAUGUGGCGUGGCGAGCCAUGCGGCCUGUGGCAUAUUGAAUACUAAGAGCGCGUACAUAUUAGGCGUUUCGAAGCGCGCGCUUUAAUAACGCGCGUAUUUAGAAUAAAGAAGUUGUUUGGAAGUGUACACAUGCAAGCGCACGCUAGAUAGCUAUUGAUAUAUAUGUUCUACGAUAACCUCGUGUUCACUAUACGUAUACAGUACUAAAAACAAAUUUUCUAUAGCACAACACACUUAAAGACAAAGUAUAGCACCAUCUAGUUGUUUUAUUAGAACUAAAGGUAGUCGGUGCUCGUUGUUGGUAAUAAAAAUCCAAUCAUUUUUUUCUAAUGAAUACAUAUUAUCGUAAACAAUAUCAGUUUUAAAAUAAUUCUAGCACAAAAUAAUGCUUAAAUAGCUAAUAACUACAUAUGCUGUUGUAAUGGGCGUGUAAUGGACGGUCGCUUGUCUUUGGGAAGUAGGUACUCGUACCAUUUGUUUUUGUCACACAAUAAAUCGUUUAUUUGUCACACAAAAAAGUAUUACAAUUUUCUGAAGUUUAAGAACUGGCUGUCCUAGCUAGAUUUUAUGGAUCUGUGUUAACAACCAGCCCUCUCCCUCGGAUUACAUUUUGUCAGAGACAAUCAAGAAAAAAAAUCGAGCACAUGUAAGUUAAAGCAAUUUCAAAAUCAGUAAGUUUUAAAAUAAACGUUGAUUGAUACAUAUUAUAUUCUGUGUUGUAUUGAAGUUCACAUAAGUAUAAGGGGCCCAUAGGGCAGGUUGCUUAAGGCAUCAAGUUACCUUAAUGCGGCACUGGGAGUGAAACAAUAAAAACGUAUGUUCAGUUAAGAUUGUUUUAUU